GCCAGCCUGGCUGCUUCACUUCAGCCCAUCUAGCAUCGGCCCAUCAAGGAAUCAAGCCCACCGGCCGCAGCAACCGCGAUGGACCGAUCCGUGGAGGCGGAGAGGGCGCCGCGCCGUCGCCGUCGCCGUCGCCGUCGCCGUCGCCGCGACGCGAAGCGAAGCAUGGGGGUCGGAGACGGCGCCGGGCGCCCAAGCGUAGCGGCGCGCGAUGGCGCCGGCUGCCGGCGUGGACGCGGCUGCGUGCGGCCGUGCGAGCACAUGGUCGUCCAACGGCCAAGCGGAGCAGGCACGCGACGGACCAUGACCAAGGAAUGUGUAUCUUUUGCCCACUUCGUUGUGGUCCCAGCAUGCGGAGGUGAUAUGAACAGCCUUAAUCUCCUGCAACUUCGAUCUGCUGUUGCUGUGCUUUUUGCAUUUUUUUUUGUCAAAGGAAUAGCACACGUGAAAUCUGGUGCCACUUCUUUUUACAUGGAACUUUCAAGGUACACACCACGGGAACUGCAAUGUUUCAGUUCCAAUGCUCACGUUCAUCAUCUCCCAAUGGAGGCACCUCGCGAGAAGCCGCUGCUCUUCCUGACAAAAGGGUAGGAGCACAAAGAGGACAGGUCAGGUCAACAUGUGCGUGCAUGAACGCGUGCACGGCGAGAGGUGUGUGUACGUGGAGAAGGACGCGUCGGCGAGCCCUGUGCCGAGCAUGUGGGUGACUUGGGGAACGCUGUUCACCUGCGGAGCGACGCGAUGAACUCCUGCCGCGUCAUCGACUUCAUCUCCUCCAGCUCCUUCUCGUAGUUGGACACCUACCGUGGAUAUUGUUCAGGUUAUCAGGUAAGUGCUUGUGCACACGCCUCGUCAACAAUCUUCAGCAGAUGUGCAGUAGUAUGCACUACCAUGCAUGCUUUUGGAGUAGCAAUGUGAUGCUGUCUAAGUAGACUAGUUGAGCUCUUACCGGGAAGUUCGUCGUUGUCGUCGGACCCCAGUACUUGAGCGCGGCGAGGUCGUAAGCUCUCGCCGCCUUCUCCUCCUUAUCAUAACCUCCUACAUUUUUUCCCCAUUUCAUUUCAGUUAGUUUCAAGAAGAAGGCCUUUUCAAUUUAGCAUUGAUUCAAAUGAAAGUGAAUCUGAAAACUUGGUGUAGCAGUUGACACACCUAAGUAGACUGAUGAAGUAGCACCAAUGCAUGCACCACCAAGAGAAAAAGUUGCAAGAAAGGGGAAAUAAUGUUAAUGGCCCGAGUAUGCACAUAUAAAAUUUGCUUCUGCAGGUUUCUUGGACAAGUGACGAAUCUGAAACAUGCAUGCAUAUACCUUGGCGGCCUUUGCGGCUUUGGCCUUCCCGGCGGCAGCUGUUGUCCCACAGGUACACAUGUUUAUAUCAAGCUUGGGCUGAUCGAAGAAGAACACGGUGCGGUGGUGCUGGUGCAUGCGUGUGGACGUGUGUACCUGGUGACGCCGCGGUAGAUCGACGUGCGCUGCCCGAACGUCUCGACGGGCCGCCUGGCCUGAUCGGACUCCGCCGCGUCCGUCGACAUCGCCACGGUGACCGCGCCGGCGGGGUUCUCCGCCCCGGGAGCCGGGUCGUACUGGCGCAUGAACCCGGCGGCGAUGCUACCCAGCUCGCCGCAGACGAGCUGCUGGUCCUCUGCGGCGGUCGCCGGCGGGGCACCCGCGCCGCCGACGCCGCCGAGGAAGUCCUCCAUCUUCGGCGACUCCUCCACCACGCCCUCUUCUCCUACACAAUCAUGGGGACAAAAAAUUAAAUCGGUGAGCCGCCUAUUAUAGUUGGUGACAAAUAGAAGAACCAGUAGCUAGUGCACUCUCUUCAUGCAUGCCGAGCUAGCUCCUUUGUACUAGAUGCACGAAAGGCAUUCGAAUCCAGGAGGAGGCCAUGGUAGUAGUGAUCGAUCUUACCAAGCGGAGGCGCGGAGGACGAGCUGGAGAAGGCCUCAAGGAGGCCAUGGUGGUAGUUGUUGGAGAGGGAGAAGGAGAGCCAGUGAUGGGGAUAAGCUGAGCUCAUGUCCAUGUCCAUGGAGGCCGAUGAUCUGCGACCUUGACCAGCGAAUGAGGAGCCUAUGAUAGAUAGAAGGUGCAAGGGAAUGUAAGCUGCAGCUGCUGAUGUAGACCUGUGCUGCGUGUGCUUAGGAGAAGAAUGAGAGAAUACUAUGUGUGGUAGUAUAUAUAGAGAAGUUGAAUGUUCUCCACACACACACACACACAAACACUAGUAGCUGUAGCACUGUAGUCUCAGCUGUCCUCUUUAAAAUACACUGCUCAUUGCAUUUGAGAACGAAGAUUGAGGUUGGAAUACGGCCAAGAAACUCAGAGAGAGAGAGAGAGAGAGAGAGCGCAAGGGCCAAGAAGAGUUGGAGUAAUUAAAGGGAGUGAUUUAGGGAUAAGAGCAAAGGGCGAAUAGUUUAAGGGCGGCCUCGUUUUGAGAAUCCAAAGAAGGGGAGAGGUGUGAGUAGUAAUGGGCGACAACGUGGAGGCGUCCCAUGGGGUCGUAUGGGCGGUCUCCUUGACCGAAAUGAGGCCGCUGUUCCCCGGCAUGCAGCCCCCUAGCUAGCUGCCUUUUUGUUUGCCCGCUGCGCUAGCUAAACCCUCCGCUGCUAGGACUACUAUCUCAACACACCCUGCGGUAUUGCUUUCACUUGUGACAACAAGAUUUAUUUACGGCUGCUUGUGUGAAAAAAGAUUUACCGCGAGCUAGUGAACUGGUACUAGUAUUUCUUUGCUGAGAAGGUUCUUCUGGUCUAGAGAAAUGAUGAAGUAACAAUAACAUCAGCAUCUCUGUACAAUGAAAACUUUUUUUUCGAACAAUUACUACAGUGAAAACUGAACCAUGCAA